CUUUUGCUGGCUGAAGAAAGAAGGCAGUGUUUUCAAAUAUUCGGGCAAAAAUAAGGCAAAAUUUCUAGCUUCAGGAUCGCAACCUUUUCUCAACCCGACGGGCAGAUCCCUGCAUUUUAUUCCCUGAAAAGAGGUACGUUGAAAUUGACACACAUAAACAACUACCAUGAGCAAAAUUUGCGAUGCAUUUUUACAAUGUGAAGAGUAUUUUUGAGGACGCGUGUAUACUAUCUAUAUAUUGCGUUUCAGUAUUUACCGAAUUCCGAUAAGCUAUAUAUUUCUGGAUUAGUUCGCAAGGGACAUAUUUAUCGACUUUUUGCUUUGGGCUUGGGUCGUUUGUAUGAUGUACAAAAAUUGCAAAUUUCAGUAAUUUUUAUUUGCUUAAAAAUAGUGUAUUUGCUGAGGGAGUCAUUUAUAUAUAUAAAGUAUUAAACAUUUAUUAAAUGUACUUGAUGGAUUACAGAUUGACAGAAGAUACCUGACAUAUUAAAAGUAGCAAGGGGGAGGGGUGGGCCCUUGCUCAAAACAUUGACAGCCUUUAGGGGCCACGUCCAUAUUCAAGUCGCCGCACACCGUCAAGUUGACGUUUUUAUCUAAGCCCACCCAUCCUUGAAAACGUGGAGCGUGGCACAACUUCUGGCAAAAUUAAAAAAAUAUUUUGCAACAGUGAAAUUUGCAAAAAUGCGACAGAAUUAUCAAUCUGACAUUUUGCAUGGCAACUUGAGUAAGCAUUUUUACCUCUGAGAUCACGGGUUUAAUUCUUGCUGUGGCCUCACGACAGUGAUUGUGACACUCGUUUAAAAAUAUAGACAGAUUUUCUGGAGAGGUGUGCCCCCUUUCAGAUAGUUUUCCCACCUCAACUAGAGAAAUUUGCACACACACAGAGAAAUUUAAAUGCUUGUUAGAUUAAAUUAAUAAGACUAAAACAAGGACGUUGAACUAAAUAAGACUAAAAACAAGGAUUUUGAACUUCCUAAAUUUCCUAAGGGCUUUGCCCCCUUACACCCCCCCCCCCAACCCUGUCCCCACUAACAACUGUGCCUCCAGACCCCUACUGCAGCUUGCUCAAUUGCACUACAUGCUCCCCUUGCUCACCCAACUGAAUUUUCGACCACCAACCCCCAAGCAAAAUCUGAAAAUCCGUCCAUGGUAAAAAUUAUAAUAUUUUCUGCAGGCGUUUCGUAGCAAAAUGGCCACUGCAACUUCAGAGCCAGAGAUCAGUAUCAACACUGAACAAACUGCAGAAGAAAUCCAGAAGACAACCACACAAGAACACAAAGAUGUACCUCGUGAAGACGUAAAUAUCACAGUACCACCAAAUACAAUGUCUGAAGAAGUGGCUGGGAUGAGUACUACCAUUGCACCAAGCACCAUCUCGAAUGUGGUGCCCAGUGAGAGCAGUACCACCAAGGUACCACCAAUGGUUUUCACGGAGACAACACCUUCAGAAUCACAAGAAAACCAAGAUCAGACUGUAGUAGGAGUAAGUACUACCAUGACACAGAACACUGAUUCGAAUGUGGUGCUCAAUGAAUCGAACAAAACACAUGGAAUCGAAAUGGUUUUCACGGCAACAACAGCUACUCAAGAAUCACAAGAUGAUGUGGUCGGCACAAGUGCUACCGUGACACAGAACACUGAUUCGAAUGUGGUGCUCAGUGAAUCGAACAAAACACAUGGAGGCGAGAUGGUUUUCACAAAGACAGCUACUCAAGAAUCACGAGAAGAUGUGGUGAUGACACAGAACACUGUCUCAAAUGUGGUACUCGAUGAAGCCAACAAACCAGACGGAGGCGAGAUGGUAUUCACGGUUGUAGCGAUGGAAAAUAACAUUGGUGAUCUGAUGCAAAUAAAUCCUGACAACCUUCCCAAAGAGGUUCAACUGAGUUUAGUACAACCUCCACCCCCUGACGACAGUAACUUUACCUCAACAAAUUCAGGUCGUCUAUCGGACAUCAACCAACUUGCAAUCAUUGCUGCGAGCAUCGAAGAAAACCCCAAGGAUCCUCGAAGUACAAGUAGCCAAGACAAACAAGAUUCAUCCGAAAAAUCCAUCAAAGGUCGCGUGCUUUGUACCGUUUGCGAUCAAGAUUUUUCCGACCUUCCUUCGAUGAGACGACAUCGCUUGAUCCAUUCUGACGACAAGCCCUACCAAUGUGAUUUUUGCGACAAAUCGUUCCGACGAAAGGACAACCUGCGGGAACAUCGGAAUAUCCACACGCAAGAGAAUAUUUAUAAAUGUGAGCGGUGCGGAAAGUCCUUUCCCCGCAAGUACACCCACAAAGUUCACAUGUCAAGGUUUUGUGGUAAGCCGGGACAGGAGACGUCGGAAUCCGAAACCUGGACCGAUGUUAACAAAGCGACGAAUGCAAAGCCAAGCAUGGUCGCAAGCAAGACUUCCGAACCAUGUCAGUUAUGUUUCAAAACCUUCCGAGAUGCGUCCACUCUCAAGCGUCACCUGUUAACGCAUUCCGACGAGCGGCCGUAUAAGUGUACGGAAUGUGACAAGGCAUUCCGGCGGAAAGAUCAUCUUCAGGAACACGUCAUCGUUCACAAGCUAGUCCGACCAUUUAGCUGCCAGACAUGCGGGAAGUCGUUCUCGAGGAAGAAUGGUCUGAAGACGCACAUGAUUCGAACAACCCAUCUUAUCGGAUUCGAUGACAUCAUUCUACCUGGACAACCAAAGGGUUCGGGUGACGUAGAAGUUCAUGUCGUCGAACAAGUCCUCGCGGCUGAUCAGUUGGUAGCCACUGCGAGUGCAGUAUUCCCGCGGGAAGAAUCGCAAGGGAAUGAUGAAGUAGAAACCGUUUGUCAAACCACAUCAGGUCAAGAUAUCAGUGAAACUAACCUUCAACAGCCAGACAGCGACCCGCGUACUGUUGCUGUGGAAUUCUCACAAGUGCCAACGAAUUCCGAGGAGGAAACUGAAACAACCGUCGUACUUUCCGAGAAACGCGCAGAAGAAACCGAUGUGGCGAAUCCUGAAAGCGGUGGAACACCGGAUGAGACAAGCACAGAAGAUUCCGGUGUAGUGAAAGCCUUCCUCUGUCCCACCUGUGGCGUAACUUUUCCAGGAAAAGAGGAACUCUGGAAACAUUUGCAAGAACACCUUGAAGAAAAUAUGUUCGCGUGUCGGCAUUGUUUUGAAGUCCUUGCAAGCGCAGAGCUUCUGGAAGAACAUCAGAAGAGUUGUGAUGGCGGAGAGGACGAGAGCGCUAUCAGAAACGACGGUGAUUCCCAAGUUAGCGAAGGUGAAGGCAGCGUCGACCAAACGGCGGACGCUACAAUCGAAGAAGAUGAAUCGUUAGGUGAUGAAACCCAACUCACAACUACUCCUAAUUCCAAAAAGCGAAAAAGAGUCGGCACUCCUGAACGGGCUGAUCAAACCUGUACCAUUUGUAACAAAGUGUUUCGUGAUGCAACCGCUUUAAAGAGGCACUCCUUGGUGCACAGCGGGGAACGUCCACACGCGUGUACCAACUGCGAGAAACGAUUUCGACGACGCGAUCAUCUCAAGGCACACGAGAUCGCGCAUCAUAGUGGCAUCACCUCCCACGAGUGCAGGACAUGCGAUGCAGCGUUCAACACAAGAUACGCCCUCACAGUUCAUGCCAAAACCUGCAAGAACCGACCAUCCUCGCCCAAGGAAAUCUCCGAGGAGGUAUGUGCUGUAUAUGUACAUAAACGUUAUCAGUGGCGUAGCUAUAGGAAAAUUUGACAACUCCUGCUCUAGCUAAGACCCGCACAUUCUAGGGGGUUCCAGGGGCAUGUUCCCCCGGGAAAGUUUGAAUGGCCAUUUCCUGCGAUUUCACGGUGAAAUAUAUCCAAAGGGAACAACAAAAAAAUGUGUGAUUAGAAGGACAUUAUUAAUACUUUUUUUAGAAAAAGUUUUGAAACUUUUUGAAUUCGUAUUUCCAUGCAUUUUAAUUGAAAAGUCUUUGAAUUGUGUGAAAAAGAAAAAACCUUUGAAAGUCUUUGAAUUUUUUAUCUAGGCAAGAAGAACGGAAUCCAUUACCAUAGCUAGAAAGAGCAUCUUAAAAUGAGUAAAAUUGCAAAGUUUGGUUGCGAAUUGUUGUAAAAUGAGGAGAAUAUAGUCCUGUGAAGUUCGCAAAUUUUGUAUAUAUUUGCAUUACGCGCGGGAAAAAUAACCACUUUUGAGGCGAAAGUGGUUAUUUUUACCGCGCGUAAUACAAAUAUAUACAAAAUUUGCGAACUUCACAGGACUAUAAUUUCCUUUAUUUUACAACAUUUCGCAACCAAACUUUGCAGUUUUACUCAUUCUAAGACGCUCUUUCUAGCUGUGGUGUUGGAUUUCGUUCUUCUUGCCUUGAUCAAAAUUUAGUAUAUAGCUGGAAUCACCCAUUCGCUAACUCCCCGACGAAGGACCUUCGCUCAAAACUACGUUGAAGUUGAUGAGUGGACUGGGGACGAGUGUUAAAAAGUGCCCAAAUUAAGAAAUGACCCCAAUAACUAAAAAGACCACCUCAAAAUUAGUAAGUAUACAAAGUUUGAAGACGUUUACAUGAAUACCCUUCGAAUAAUAAACUUUCGAAAAUUGUGAAAUUACUGAUUAAAAGAUUGUUUUUGGGACGCGCGUCCCAAAAAGAAGAAUUACAAUACAUUUCAUAGUAAAUACCACAAUUUUCGAAAGCUUAUUAUUCGAAGGGUAUUCAUGUAAACGUCUUCAAACUUUGUAUACUUACUAAUUUUGAGGUGGUCUUUUUAGUUAUUUGAUUCAUUUCUUAAUUUGGGCACUUUUUAACACUCGUCCCCAGUCCACUCAUCAUCUUCGGAAUGGCUAAUCGGCGGCUUUCUAUUAUUUUACUCGCUUGUAAUGUCAUAGAUUUAUUUCAUUUCCAUAUCAAAUGAAACUAAAAUAUCUCGAGAACGAAAAAAAAUAAGAUAGAAAAGCGGUACAUGCAGUAACUUAUUUUAUAGUCCAGUCAAAUCACUAUAAGCAGGGACGCCGGAACUGGGGGGGGGGCAGGGGGGGCGGCUGCCCCCCUUGCCUUUUGCUAGGGGGGGGCAGAAGUGCCCUUUUAGUUGUAAAAUAAUACGUGAUAAAUCACAUUUGCAACGAUGCUUUUUGUAGAAAAAUCACGAGAUUCAGGUAAUUUAUAGUUUAUAUUUAUAAAAAUUUUGGGAAAUUUUUGGAAUUUAGAAAAAUAUUUUGAAGAAAUGGCGAAAAUUUAAGAUAUCCGGAAAAAUUUUUCGCUUCAAGGAAAAUUUUUGUAUGUCCGGAAAAAAUUUUUGACCCCUAAAAUGGUACACUGACCGAAAUUUUUUUUGGCGACGGGGGGGAGGUCGUCAACAAAUUUUGCAGUGAAAAAAAAUUUUUCAGUAAAGGUGCCCUUGGUGUGCGUCCGCCCCCCUUUGCCCUAUUAUCGUUCCGGCGUCCCUGACUAUAAGUACAUGGUCGUGAUCAAAGAAAUUGCAAUAGAAUUUUUCUCAGUGGUCAAAUGUGAGGGGAAGGUGUCCUGAUAUUAACAUACUAAAAAUCCAAAAAAAAUCCCUUCGGUGGAACAUGGUGAAAAUCAAAUUUUUCUUACUUCUACCUAUAGAAAACCAUUGCGGACAAAAUGUUGAAAUUUUGAAAUUAUUUUUUUGCAAAUAUAUAUAACCUGCAUCAUUGGAAAGCUUAGAAAAAACUAAAAUAUAGAUCAUUAAACGGUUAUCUUGCUUUUGCUUAUCCAGCCGAAGUUAUACAAGAUUUAAAAUGCCAUAAAUUUGUAUUUUGUGCACAUUUUGCACUAUUCCAACUUUGAGCUAGAAUAACGACAAACUGACCAGUAAAUUGAAUAUAACGGUUUAAUUGACCUUAAUAUAGUUUUGUUUAAGCUUUCCAAUAAUGUGGUUACAUUUGCCUAAAAAUGAUUUCAAAAUUUGAACAUUCUGUCCACAAUGGUUUUCUAUAGGUAUAAGUAAGGAAAACUCGAUUUUCACCAUGUUCCACCGAAGGGAUUUUUUUGAAUUUUUAUUAUGUUAAUCAGGACACCUUCCCUCACAUUUUACCACUGAGAAAAAUUCUAUUGCAAUCUCUUUGACCUCUGGUCACAGAUUGACUGGACUAUUACAGCCAGAUGAUCUUGAUACGCGGAAAAGUACUGGCACUAGUUGUCAAAUAGAAAUCCAUUUUAUGAUUAAAACAACUGAAUAUCUCCUGUAAUAUACUUUAUUUCGAUUCCAUAUUUUUGUCAGAGCUAUAGUUCUCAUAACCAAACAUAAUUACGAAAUGUCAGCUAGUUUCAUAAAGAAUAACGAAAGAUAUAAUUGACUGAAUACACCAAAAUGGAUUUCUAUUCGGACAACCCUUUCUGAGCGCUGAUUGGCUAAAAUACGAACACAAGAUCACCUGGAGUAUAAGUUCUUUCUGCCUAAAAUGCAGACUUAAAUUUCGCUGCCAUUAUACAGUAAGCCAUGCAUGCCCAUGGGCGAAUAUCACAGAAGACAACACUUUGUACACGCGUAAAAAUCAUCAUGUUGAUGCAAGUUGUUCAAAACAGGAGCGAACAAUGUUGUGCUGCACCCCGUGAACAACAUUGUUAACAAGUUGUUGAACCAUCAAUAUUGUUGCAACUUGUUGACAAUCAUGUUAACAAGUUGCAACAGUACUGAUGGUUGAACAACUUGUUAACAAUAUUGUUCACGGGGUGCAGCAAAACAUUGUUCGCUCCUGUUUUGAACAACGCCGAACAACAUGAUCAAUUUUUACCCGUGUAGACAUUCAGGCAAUUACGCCGAAACAUUCGAAAUAUUUGUAUUCGCCGUAAUUUGAAGAUAGAAAGAUAGUGGCUGUGACGCAUUUUGUGGGUUUUCCCCCCAAUAAUUAGUGUAUUUUGGUAUUUUAGAUAUUUCAUUAUAAAAACGGCACGGGAGCCAAAAACAAAAAUGGCUAGACCUGUUUGUUUACACUCGGAAAUUUACCUAUGCCGUGCCAAUUUUCGCUUAGUGUGAAUGGGACUAUAAGACCAUUGACAUUCAGGUAAUAAACCGCAAUAAGAUCCUUGACCUUGUAUAUGUUUGCAUGAUAAAAAUGAAUAUAUAAUUGUUUUGUUUUGUGAAUACGUUUAAUUCUUUGACUUGACUGUGGCGAAGCUUUCGAUCCGGCCUUCAUUGAUACUCGGUAUAAUGACAAAUUUACUGUGCUUAUCUUCAGUAGAUUUUAUUUUUGUGAAAGCAGCCAACUUCAAAUGUGACUUAUGUCAAAUAUAAAACCGCCAAGCGGUUAUAAUGGACCCAAUCAUGGUAUCUUGACCUCUCUAUGAAGCAGCCGGCUAUCACCGGCAUUUCACAGCAUCAGCCGGCAACUUCAAUAUUAGCAACAACAUGAGGACGUAAAUCAUAACUGACUGACAGACAGUGUUUACAAUGCCGCCUGUCACCGGCAUUUAAUCACAGCAUUGGCUGGCAACUUCUAAAUUAGCAACAACAUGAGGAUAUAAUUGACUUACAGUGUUUAAUUAAACCAUGAUUAACUAUAGCCUAUCGAAAGGAAGAUGGCUGUGAAACUCAUUAGAAUAACAAUAUAACUCAUUUAUAUGUUUAUAUGUUACUCAUUUAUAGGUCAACGUUUAUUCAUAAAUCUGAUCCGUCACGUGUGUAUUGUAUUUUUGCCAAAUCCACCAAUAGCAAUUUCCAAUUUACCCUACUAUUGUUCGAGUCACGGAUAGGUAACUUUCCUAAAACAUUGCUAUUGGUUAGUUGGGCAAAAAUACAAUACGCACGUGACGGUGAAGGACCAGAUUUAUGAAGAAACGUCGAGUAACGUAGAUAAUGAGUUAUAUUGUUAUUCUAAUGAGUUUCACAGCCAUCUUCCCUUCGAUGCCGGCUGUCACCCGCGUUUUCACAGCACUAUAGCCGGCAACUUCUAAAUUAGCAACAUUCUUCUUAAUUCAGUGAUGUAUAUAUACAAUGAAUUUAUAGCUUUUAAAUUUGAAAAGAUGCUGUCUUGACACAAAAAGAUCGCGUUAAGCAUUCUGGUAGCCCUGAAUUUCUGGUAGCCAUGAAUUUCCGGUAGCCAUGAAUUUCUGGUAGCCAUGGAUUUCUGGUAGCCAUGAACAAGGCGGGAAUCGUAACUCCAUAAUGAAAAAAUGUUUGUUCUUAGUAAAUACAAUUUUAAAAUUUCAUUUUGUGAUAGUUUAUUUAAUUGCCUGCACCAUGCUGGGCAUUGAUUUUUAUCUUACGAUUUUUGAAAAGAUUUUUGAAUUUUUUUUUAUAUUUGAAAAGGCAGCUUUUGUACAUGGUGAUAUUUUCUGCGUAAUCAUUUUAUGUUCGACUUAUGAGAACCUGGUAAAAUCGCCGGUAUACAAAAAUGGUACACGCAAGCCUACAACUAUAUCUAAAUUUAUUUUAAACCCUGACUUACUCUUUCGUCGUCUUCUCUCUAACAGGUGAAGCUGAUUGGGAGUCCGGAAUCGAAGGAAUGCCCAAUCUGUCACAAAGUGUUUAAAGAUCCCUCCACGCAACGACGCCAUUUCAGAAUCCAUUCAGAUGAACGUCCUUUCCACUGCGAAGUCUGCUCGAAAUCGUUCCGACGUAAAGAUAAUUUGAAAGAGCAUUUGCUUUGCCAUUCCGAUGAAAAACCAUUCUCCUGCAACCACUGUGGAAAGUCGCUAUCGAGGCGAAGUAGCCUGACCAAUCACAUGAACGUAUGCCCCGCUCGAAAAGGCGUCGGCGCUGUACCGAUGGCCGAUGCUACGGCAGAGAAUCCCGUCAUACCCGACAUGCAAUUCGCCGAGCCCGCAGUGCAAGAUAUGUGUGUCGGCGGUGAUCCACAAGAAAUUUCCGCAGCUCACCUCCUGGCAACAGGUCUGACGUCAUCGGUCGUGACGUCAUCCGAUAUGGGGACGUUAGAUGUGACGUCAUCGGAAAUGACGUCAUCAGAAGUUGCUCCCAUGGAAGAAGAUAUCGAGCACGGACUGCGAGAUGAAGACGACGGCAGUGGAAAUUCGUUCCCGUGUGAGGAGUGUGGCAAAAUCUUUCGCGCCAAAUGGACGCUGAAGUUCCAUCAGCGCAUCCACACUGGGGAAAAGCCGUACACGUGCACGACAUGUGAUCGACAGUUCCGUCAAGCGAGCCACCUUAAGAUCCACGAGCGCACGCACUCCGGUGAGCGUCCCUAUCACUGCCAGAUUUGUGGGCGCGCCUUCAUCGACUCCUCGACCAUGAAACGCCACGAGCGCCUGCACAAGGAUGCCGCUGACCCGAACGCCGUCAUCGAUGAACAACAUGACGUCAUCAGUACUGAAGAUGACGUCAGUUCUCAAGAUGACGUCAUCAAGGGCCAAGAAUACGUCAUCGCAAACCAAGUCAUCAGUGAUCCAAACGAGGCCAGCGUAGUCCAGCAAGCUGUUGAGGUCAGUAUUGCAGACGAAGGCGCGAUCCAGCUACUCGUGACGACAGCCAGUGAACUCGCGAACUCCGCUCAGCCAAUCAGCACCAAUACUGUAGCAGGGAUGAACCAAUCAGGAACGAGAUUAGAUGAGAAUAACCUCGGCCAGAUCCUAAGAGAAUGUAUACGAAAUCAAGGUGUUGAGAAAAUUGCAACAUUGGAAGAUUGGCAACAAAACCACCCGAAUGAAGACGUUGGACAGUUAAUAUAUAUUCAAACUGAGGAGCCCGCUGAAACAGAGUGAACUAUAACAAACAAAAACAAUAUGUUCCCUGUUGAUAUCGACAGGUUGUCAACAAUAUUGUUACAGAACAAGUUGUCAACAAUGUUGUUAUACAGCCUUCGGGUAAUCUUGUCAGCGUCCAGUAACCGCUGUUAUCAAUAGAGACCUUACGAUUUUAGGACGGCAACGCGACGGCAACGGCUACCAAUACAAUAUAUCAUUGAAAAGAAUUGAGUAAUUACAAUAUAUGAAUAAUUUAGACAUUGUCCUCGCUUUGUUUACAACGCCAAAUCACAGAUUUUCACGUCUUGAUACAACGGCUGCAUUCCAAGCCACAACAAGUGCAACUUCAAACUGGGUUUAGCAGAACUCUUCCCGACCAUAAAACCCAUGUCUUCAACUUCUAAGACUAUUAAAUUCAUACGAUUGAUAAUAUACGAUGAACUAUCUUUACUACCAUUUAUUUGAAGGAGUUUGUUUUGGCCGUCGUCGUCGCGUUGCCGUCCUAAAAUCGUAAGGUCUCUAAUAAGAGCCCUGAAAAAACGUACAAGGGUGCAGCGCAACCUUGUUCAAGCUAUGCAUAUCAACGGGGUUUUACACCAGGGGGCGGUUGUAUAAAACCUUAAUCACUUUCUUAAUCACUAUUUUGUAGUUAAAUAGUGAUUAACACCCGUAUUCUAAAAGCUCACUCACACUCAAUGAGUGGAGGUUCAAUCUGAGCUUUUGAGUUUCAAUGCUGUUUUUGAAUAGCUGGAGGGUUAGUGUCGUACCUUACUAUGUGACUACUCACCCUCCAGCUAUUCAAAAACAGCAUAGACACUCAAGAGAAACUCAGAUUGAACCUCCACUCAUUGAGUGUGAGUGAGCUUUUAGAAUACGGGCGUAACUCUCAAAUACGCGCUUCUUAUUGGAUGGACGUUUCCACUAACUACAGGGUGUAUCAAAAAAAACUGAACAGAUUUGAAAUCGCUCUCAAUUUCGCAAAAUACCUAUUUGUAUCCCGUUUUUUAUAUAUAUAGCUUCUUUGGGUACUUAUAAUGUAGAAUAAUGAAAAAAAAUUCUCAAACUCAAAUUUGGUGAACCAGGGGGGUGUGUCUUUUCCAACAAACUAAAAAUGGCUCGCGCACACAAUUUAAAAGCUUUAAUCAUAUUUUGAGUUAAUAGAUGGAAACAUUGUUUGGUUUUUAAUUACUGUACAAAAUUUCAGACAAUUUGGUUUAGUUUAAGCCGUUUAACUAUUCAUUUUAUUCUAAAAAAUCAGCCUUUCGCAUGCUUAAUUAAUGCAUUUACCUAAUUUGCAUAUUGCUAACAUAUGCAAAUUAGGCAAAUGCAUUAAUUAAGCAUGCAAAUAGCUGAUUUUUAGGAAAAAUGUAACUUUGCGUGAAUAGUUAAACGGCUUAAACUAAACCAAAUUGUCUGAAAUUUUGUACAGUAAUUAAAAAUCCGACAAAUGUUCCAUCUAUUAACUCAAAAUAUGAUUACAGCUUUUUAAUUUUGUGCGCAAGCCAUUUUUAUUUUGUUGGAAAAGACACACCCCCCUGGUUCACAAUAUUUGAGUUCAAGAAAUUUUUUUCAUUAUUCUACAUUCUAAGUACCCAAAGAAGCUAUAUCUAUAAAAAACCGGAUACAAAUCGGUGUUUUGCGAAAUUGAGAGCAAUUUCAAAUCUGUUCAGUUUUUUUUGAUACACCCUGUAUAGUUAACUUUAAUCACUUUUUUAUACAACCGGCCCCUGUACUGCAUAGCCAUUGGUUAAACGAGAAUAAGAGUUGAUGAGGGUCGCAAGUGUCACUCACUCGCGUUUGCUCGCCGACUCUCACUGCGUUCACAGUGGCAGGAAUUUCGGUGGGGUUUGGAUCUGGGGGUAACCCCCAAGAGUUGAGAAAAAUCUCAUGCAAACUCUUGCUUCUCAAUUCUCAUCGACUCUCGUUUGCAUUAACCAGAACGUAUAGCAUGUGUGAGUUUAUUAGAAAUAAGUGAAACGUGUUUAGGAACUUUGAACGUUUUAGAAGUACGAGUGUUUCAGUGUAUAGCUACAAUAGAUAAAUAUGGAUUGUGAAUUCACAACGUUAAUUUGAUAUUGCAAGUUGUUUUUACUAGUUUACCAGAGAUAAUAGUGAGCAAAGUGACGUUUUUGACAACACGAACGGCAUGAGUAACGUCAGAAGACCGGGUCAAGGGCUGUGAUUGGUGAAAAACGUCAACUUUACUUCCGGUCGACGUCCGUGUUGUCAAAAACGUCACUUGUUUAAGCUCACUAAUGGAACAAAGAUAACCUAGCAUUACAUGUAACUCACAUUUAUAUUCAUUGCUUAUAUUACACAGUUCAUUUAUUGAUCUCGUAUAUUAUGUUAAUUAUUCGAGGGUCGAUCCAUGGAUUAAAUAAAAUUCGUAGCGUUUUAAGCCAC